GGAGAAAUGGACAACAGCACAUUUGUUGGGGACAUUCUCAUCCUGGAGGGGUUAAAGGUCACCUCCCGGUCCUUCAUCCCCGCCUUCAUCCUCCUCCUGAUCGUUUACGUCUUCAUCGUGGUGUCGAACGUCGGCCUGGUGGUGCUGAUCUCCAGGAGCAGGAGCCUCCAGCAGCCCAUGUACCUGCUCCUCUGCAACAUGAGCAUUAACGAUGUUUUCGGCGCCACCGUCGUCGUGCCUCACAUCCUCAGAGAUCUUCUGACGUCAGACUCGGAGCGCCACAUUCACUUCACCCACUGCGCCGUUCAGGCUUUCUGCGUUCACCUGCACGCCAGCGCCUCUCACACCGUGCUCAUGAUCAUGGCCUUCGACCGCUACGUGGCCAUCUGCAACCCCCUGCGGUACGCCACCAUCAUGACCAACAGGAAGGUGGUGGCGCUGACGGCGACGGCGUGGGGAACCGCCUUCGUUCUUGUGGUGAUCCUCGUGGGCCUCAGCGUCCGCCUGUCGCGCUGCAGGUGGAUUAUAUUCAACCCGUUUUGCGACAACGCCUCCUUGUUCAAACUGUCCUGCGAGAGCGUCCUCAUCAACAACAUCUACGGCCUCGGCUACACCGUGCUCCUGCUGGGCUCCUCCAUCGGGAGCGUCACGCUCACCUACCUGAGGAUCGCCAUCGUGUGUCUGAGCAGCAAGAACAAGGUGCUGAACAGCCGAGCGCUGCAGACCUGCGCCACUCACCUGGCCGUCUACGUCAUCAUCCUGCUGGUGUCCGGCUUCAUCAUCGUCAUCCUGCACCGCUUUCCACAACUGGCGGAUCACAGGAAGGUGGCAGCCGUCCUGGGACACGUCUUCCUGCCGGCCCUGAACGCCGUUAUCUACGGGCUGCAAAUCAAAGAGGUUCGACAGACGAUCACGGCUCUGUUGUGAUGUCAGGUGACCAACACGAAAUGCAAACCUCAAUUUGAAGCAGAAAUAUGA